GAUCCUAUUCCCCAUAUACCGAUACCUUUCAACUGUCCCAUUUUCCCAGCUAUGAAUGAGUCGGAAGGCACCGUCCUUCUCGCAACCUCGGUUUGGAGGGGGCUCAAAUGUGUGGAAACCUUCGCCAAAUCCCACCAACACCGCCGCACCAUUAGGAUGUUGUUCCAACGCAUUCUGAGUGUCAAAACCAAAUUCCAGGAUACGUUUGGUGCCCCUCCCGAAGGCGCCAGCGCUGAUAGGGGGAGACUUUGGCCAAUUAUUUCUGAGGGUGAUUGCGUCCCGGGUGAACUCCUGCUUGAGGAUGAUAUCAGGGUUAAACUCGGUCGAUACUAUUACCGAUUACGGUACUCCCUACAGGACGCAAAAAGAGUAUUAGACGAUAUCACGUCAAUUUUGGGGGCAGGUGGCAAUGAGGGGGGGGAUCUAGUGUCGGGAACCCUGGAUCCUGCGGCCGGCGCACGAGAUCCUUCAGCCAGAACACUAGUGCUCGAGAGGCUAGCCGGGGAAUUAAAAAUGCACAUUAAUGACGCUAUUACCUUCCGAAAGUCGGCCCCCUGUCCUCGGACUGCUCCCGGCUGUUCGUGGAUUAGCUGGCUCUCCGGCCCUGCCAUUGCACCGGCGGUCAUACUAAAGAACUUUUUCACCUCCCUUAUCCCUAGUUGCUACAGUGAACAAUCUAGAUCGAAUCCCUCAACUGCUUCCACUAUCCAAUGUGCUCUGUCGAAGUCUGAAACCAAUCCUACUACCUUGACCGAGCUCUAUAACGUACUCUCGCGCGAGCUGGGGUGCCGAUGCCACUUCGCCCAUCUAGGUUUAUGCAGCGCCUCCGUGGACCCCUCAGAGUCCGGUUCCUCCUUAAAGGAGUUGGGGAGCCCGGGGUCAAUCUGUUCUCUGUUUGUCACUCUCGACUUGAGCACCCUUAUGGCUAGCUAUGUCGACAAGGACCCACUCUAUUUUAAAAUCUCGAGACCCAGAUCCGGUGACGGAAAUGGCGCGCAACCAACCUCUCCUCUCCCCCAAUCACCCACCGGGCACUCCACCUCUUGCUCAAGAAUCACAACCUCACCCUUGGGCUCCAAGCAUAGCCUCCGGUGCGAGGCUCCCUCUCGAACCAAGUUUCUUAUCGAGUCCACCCGCCCUCCGCCCGCCGGUGCCCCUUCAAAAUCUCCAACCUACAAACCGGUUCUAACGCUCCGCGACAUCUUGGCGCCGCACUUCCAGGAAGGAAAUACCAUGAGCUGGGAGGAGGAUAGGCUCCGUCUUGCUGCCAAAUUGGCUCGCUGGGUUCGCCUGCACUAUGACACCCCCUGGCUCGGCGACCUAGAUCCCCAAAAGAUUUGUUUCUUUAGGCGAUACGAGAAUAAUCCCAACUACGCAAAUUGGACUCCUUAUAUAUCUGUCUCCUUCGAGAGACCCUCAGACCCGUGCGGGAAGAAUAAUGGUGGGCUUUAUGCACUUGGAUUGGUGCUUUUAGAGCUAGGGCUCAGCAAACCGCCCCACCAUUCCCCCGACGACGACGACCGGGCAUGGGCUGUCAGGAUUGCUUCUCGUGACCUGCUGUGUACCCUUGGGAAGAGGUAUCAACGCAUUGUUGAGCAAUUAUUGGCUGAGGGGGGCGAGGCCGGUAGGAUGGAGGGAAAACAGAUAGAUGAAUUAGAGAGUAAAAUCAUGUCGAUCAUACAAUCUCUUAACCGUAAAUAAUUGUGGGCUCAGGGCUGUGUCGAGCCCUGGAGCUUUGGGGGAGAACUCGGUUUGUAAGGGGGGUCUGUUCUGUAUUGGGUGUCUAGCUGUGCUGAGUGUCGGACAUUUUCGUUCUUGUAUACAGUUAAAUCGCGGGAAUUCCAUCGGGUGGGGGUGUGUAUUUGCAAAUGGCAUGCAGCAUUUACUGAUAUGUGCCUUAUUGGAAGGGGGUUUCUCCUGUUACAAGUACAAUAUCUGCUUGUUAUCCCGAAAAGC